AUUUUAGACACCCAUGCAUAAUUCUUUACACUAUGAGCAAAAUGGUCUUCUAAAUAAUCCUAUUAAUCCUACAAUAACUCACCAACCAGGAUUCCAAGAUUAUCAAGUAUGUCAUUUACCAACUUAUGAAGUAUCUUCAUUACAUUAUGGGUCAGAGUCUCACAUCGGAACUGCAGGAAAUAAUCAUCCGCCAAGCAAUAUAAAUUCUAAUGCUGAGAGAAGGAAUUUAAGUUCUGAAUUGACAGAUCUAAGCAAUGUAGUUAAUGAGGAAGCAGCAAACCAUAAUUCUCCCAAUGAUAUUCCAAAUAUCGAUCCAGCCAAUCAGCAAUUUUUGAUAAAUACAACAAAUACACCUCUUAUGAUUUAUGAGUAUUUAAAAAAUGACGUCGAUGGAAAGGCUAUAAUCAAAGAUUAUGAGGAAAAGAAAUUUAACUCAAAAAUUCGAAACUUACUAGUUAGACGUUUAAUUAAUCGUGAAAAGGUCAAAGCAUUUGAAAAUAUUCCAUUAAAGAAAAAAGCGACGUUCCACCUUUCAGCUGCUGUGUUGAAGAACUAUUCAGUAGAAAUCAGUACAGUUUUUCCUACUGAAAAAUCUUCAGUAUAUUUCAUGCCCUAUGAAGCAAAGAAUGGUUUAAAAAUAGGACCAUCAGGCAAACUUGUUGCCCAUUAUAAUUAUGUUCUUGGGGUUUUAAAAAAAAAAGGUUUGAUUGGGCCUGAUGAAUCAACUGAUGAGUCUUCAGCCAACGAUACCAUCGCAGACACCGACCCCACUAAUGGAACUGUGAAUGAACACAUUGAUAACGAUUUAGAAAUACUGACAAGUUUACAGCAACAACCUGAAACUACCUUAUUGAACAGUUGGAAAGCAACAUUUGCCUAUCGCAAAAAUCUUCUAUUAGCAGAUAAAAUAUCUAUUAGUGAUUAUUAUGAUCGAUUUCCGUGUUUACAGGCAGAAAUUGGAGUUAAAUUGCCGAUAAAGAUGCGAUUAUUUGGUACCUUUUGUCCAGUCUGAUACCAGGACCCUACAUUACAAAGCUAGCUAGCGAUACACAACAACAGUUAGGCAAGGAAAAUAAUCCAUCAGCAGCAAAAAAGAGAAAAAUCACAAAACGACGAGUAACCCCUGCGGAAGCUCGUUAUUCUUCUUUUUUAAUUUUGCCGAAUCUUGCGGAAAUAGAAGAAGCUGUCAAACAACGGCAGGAAUACCUUGCCAAAAAUAAUUUAUCGUGCCAGCCUAUUGCUGUUCUUAUAGGAUCUAUCGAUAAAGUUGUAGACUCAUACGUUUACAUUGAAAAUAAACGUUACAGAACGAAAUCGACGUUAGCUGCUCUCGAUUUGACUUUUAAAAGUUUCUUCACCUUAGAUUGUGAAUAUCCGGUUGCAGGAGUGCAUGUGUGGACCUUUCUCCAGCAGGUUGUAUAUAAUCUUCAUUAUUCUAAAAAAGACUUUACUUCUACGAGUUAUAAAGACUUUGUAAGUGAUUUUGAACAAGUGAAAUGAUUCGAUAUCGAGUAUGAUUCACUAUGAGUCAAAGUUUUGACAUAUAUCUUAUUUUGAAAGUUACCUUUUAUUUAUAUUCUGAUAUUUAAUUACUCUUUUUAGUAUACAUUAU